AAAUCUUCCAAAUAUUCUCCAAUUUCUAACAGGAACUUUCCCGAAACAUCAACUUUCCUAUUAGUGAAUACCCAUUUUGCGUCCAUACCAAAUUCUCGUUCACCCUUUUUCAAUGCAUUGUGAAAGUGUUAAUCCAUCAGGUUUCACUUUUAUUUGUCUCCUGUUGAGCUAUUUUCACAAAUUGUCUAUAUUGUAUUGCAAUGCCAUCAUAUUUUAGUUUAUUCUCUUGUUUUGUAUUCAUAGCUUAUUGUUUCAAUUCGGCUUAUUCUAUAAAAUGUUUUGGAGGAGCGUCAGAGUUUGGAGUUGAGAAAGACAACUAUGUUGACUAUAUCUGCCCCUCAUUAACUUCAUGCUACAUUCGUUUAGUUGUUGAAAAUGUGAACAAACCGGAUCAAAAGGCAAUUAUGAUUAAAGGUUGCGUAGAAAAAUCUAUGGACGAGGCUUUUCUCAAUGUAACCCUCUGCACCAGUCUUGAUUUUUCAAAUAUUACAAUUGACGACGCUCUUCCUGGAGAAAUUAAAUGCACAUGCUCUAGGGACUUCUGCAAUGGAAGCUUCGAAAACGAUCCUAACACAUCUUCUAGAAUUUUUAGCACAAUAUUUGGAUUGAUUAUUACAAUUAUCGUUUAUUUUAUUUAAAGUGUUUUGUUUAAUGAAAUAUCAAAAAAGUUCACAUGAAGACUGAAUCUUCAUC